AUGUCAAGUACGAUCGAGUCUGUCUCAGGCUCUCGACACGACAAGACCAGACCCCCCGCUAUCGCCUGUUCUAUCUUUCUUUUUUCUUUUUUCUUUCUUUCUUUCUUUCUUUCUUUCUUUCUUUUUUCUUUCCUGCUUUCUUUCUUUUCUCUUUCCUGUUUUCUUUCUUUCUUUUUUCUUUCCUGCUUUCUUUCUUUUUUCUUUCCUGUUUUCUUUCUUUCUUUUUUCUUUCCUGCUUUCUUUCUUUUUUCUUUCCUGUUUUCUUUCUUUCUUUUUUCUUUCCUGCUUUCUUUCUUUAUUUGUUUUUCUUUUUUGCCUUCUUUCUUUUUUUCUUUCUUUCUUGAGCAUCUUUACACAGAAAUAGAAACCUCUUCAGUUACUAUCCUCUCAGUGUUUUCCGCAGCGUUUUUGAUGUCAAUGGAUCCUCCUUUCUCCUCUCUCGCAUCACCGAUGUUCAGCUUGAUAGAAUGCAGCUUGGUAGAUGCUGAUGUUACUUUCUGUGUUACUUAUACAGUUCCUUUCUUAAGUUACUUCUGCUUUAUCGGCUGUAUUCUUUGUUAA